AAAAGUUAAAGUGGAAAAAUGGUUAAAUGUAAAAGUUAAUGAGAAAAUAACUAAUUAUUCUUCCAAAAAUAUAUAUUCAUGUUAAACUUCACAUUUCCGGAUAACAAUGGCUUCUUCAGUAGUAUCAAGAGCUUUCACUCACUCCCAUCGCACGCUUUCAUUCUUCACCUUCAAAAACUCACCACCACCACCUUCCACCACCUCUCUCCUCUUCUCCAACACCACCACCACAACCCUAAAUCUAAACUACCCAAAACGAUUCCUCACUUCCUUCACCUCUACACAAAACGACGCCGUCCCAUCAUCACCCCAAUCUAGUCAACGUCCCAAUGUGGUCAGCAUUCUCGAAGAACGUGGCUUACUUGAAUCACUCACCAGUGAUAAUCUCCGUCUCGCUUGCUCCGACCCCCUUAAAGUCUACUGCGGAUUCGACCCAACUGCUCAAUCCCUCCAUUUGGGUAACCUUUUGGGUAUCAUUGUUCUCUCUUGGUUUCAAAAAUGUGGCCACCAAGCUGUUGCCUUGAUCGGAGGAGCCACCGCCAGAGUUGGUGACCCUUCUGGUAAGAGCCUUGAAAGACCUGAACUUGACCCAGAAACUCUGCUCAUUAACACAAAGGGUAUCACCCAAACUAUAACAAGAAUUUUGGGGUCAAAUGGGGUUUUGGUUUUGAAUAAUUAUGAUUGGUGGAAAGAGUUUAGGUUAUUGGAUUUUUUAAAGGAAGUGGGUCGAUUUGCUAGAGUUGGGACUAUGAUGGGUAAGGAGAGUGUUAAGAAACGAUUGGAAUCUGAUCAGGGAAUGAGUUAUACUGAAUUCACUUAUCAAUUACUUCAAGGGUAUGACUUCCUCUACCUGUUUGAUAAAAUGCGUGUGAGUGUUCAAAUUGGUGGGAGUGAUCAAUGGGGGAAUAUUACAGCAGGAACUGAGCUUAUUAGGAAGAUUUUACAAGUGGAAGGAGCUUAUGGUUUGACAUUUCCUCUUUUGUUGAAGAGUGAUGGCACCAAGUUUGGAAAAUCAGAGGAUGGGGCGGUCUGGCUUUCGCCCGAAAUGUUGUCUCCAUACAAGUUUUAUCAAUACUUUUUCUCUGUUCCUGAUACUGAUGUGGUUAGGUUCUUAAAGAUUCUUACUUUCUUGGAUAUGGAAGAGAUAAUGGAGUUGGAAAGGGAUAUGAAGAGGCCUGGCUAUGUCCCUAACACGAAUCAGCGGAGACUUGCAGAAGAAGUUACUAGAUUUGUCCAUGGCGAAGAGGGUUUGAUUGAGGCUUUGAAGGCGACUGAAGCUUUGAGGCCUGGAGCUGAGACUAAGUUGGAUUGGAAAACUAUUGAAGGGAUUGCUGAGGAUGUUCCUUGUUGUUCUUUGGCUUAUGAUCAAGUCAAUAAUUUGUCUGUGGUUGAUCUCUGUGUUUCGUCGGGUUUGUUUGAGAGUAAAUCUGCUGCUCGGCGGUUGCUGAAACAAGGGGGACUUUACUUGAACAAUUCAAGAGUUGAUAGUGAGAGUAAGAGAGUUGGUGAUGAAGAUAUUGUGGAUGGUAAAGUUCUGCUUUUAUCUGCUGGCAAGAAGAACAAGGUUAUUGUAAGAAUUGCUUAACACAUUUUUUUUAUCAUAACUUAUGAUCAUUAUUAGAUUGUUUCAAAUUGUUGAAGUUUUAAAGUUUGUAUUUUUGUUAUGUUAGCAAGUUAAAGAUCUAUUCUUUGGCUAAAA